GUCGGCGGCGCUCGCCUGCUGCUGCUGACUACACAAUCCAACAUGGAGUAGUGAGAGAUGGGGGCUCCUCUUCGAGACAAGCGCGCAGGCUUCAGCCACGGCAGAACGCGACGCGAGGCGAACAAUCAUCGAUACAGCCAUCGGGAUGUUGCAUAACGCGAGGAUUCCUGGAUCUUUUAGCAGAUGCAUUGCAAACCUUGACGGAUAGAGAGUGCAUUACGCGGAGGAAGAACGAAAAUAAGGAACGCUGAAGCGGAUUUGGGGGAAACUCGUUGAUGCACUGGACUUUAAAAAAAAAAAAGAGGCGAGGUGGAAAAUAGAGACAACAUGAAGCCCGAACGCUGCGCGCCCGCGGCGGGAUAUUAUUAUUAUUGUAGGUGAAACGAGGGGGAAAAUGACUGAGGAAUCGCACCCAGACGAUGACAGUUACAUAGUGCGAGUGAAAGCUGUGGUAAUGACGAGGGAUGAGUCUAGCGGGGGUUGGCUGGCUCAGGAGGGCGGAGGUCUCAGUCGAGUGGGCGUCUGUAAGGUGGUCCCAGCUGACCUGGAGAUCCUGGGACGCAACGGCUUUCUCAUCUUCGGCGAGAGACUCAAAGACAAGCAGGUGAUUCUGCAGUGCUUUCUGAAGAAAGAUCUGGUCUACACUAAGGCCACGCCCACUUUCCAUCACUGGCGAGUGGACAACAGGAAGUGUGGCCUGUCGUUCCAGAGCCCCGCUGACGCCCGGGCGUUCGAUCGCGGCGUGAGGAAGGCCAUCGAGGACCUUACGGAGGGCUCCACUACUUCUUCCUCCACCCUGCAGAAUGAAGCCGAACUGGGGGAUGACGAUGUUUUCACGAAUGCCACGGACAGCUCAUCGAACUCUUCUCAGAAGAGAGAGACGUCCAUGCAGACGCUCGCACCCAUCAGCUUCUCUGAACCCCACCACUGCAUUCUGGGACAUCUCUAUGAACAGCACAGGCACUCUGACCGUUUCUACCUGGAACAGACGGUGCCCAUGUUCCCAUGUUCCCGUCACGUUCGAUUUCACGAGGAGGAUGAGGAAAUCGUCCGGAUUAACCCACGCGAGCGCUCUUGGCUAACGGGCUACGAGGACUAUCGGCACGCCACCACAGCCACGCGGGGCAAACCUCUGCGACCGGACGCCACGGACGCUUACGUUCACCUCGCAAAGAUCGAACCUCCCAAACACGACUACACUUACUCUUACCCACUCAGUGGGGACGGACACACUACCCGCGACAGCAAAACGGGCAUCGGCGGAGGCGUGGUCACUGGUCAGCCGCGACCGCUGACUGCUAAAUGGCUGCCGCGACGCGUGGAGGACAGCAGAGAGCGCUUACGGUGCGUGUACUGUCAAAACAUGUUCAGUCCGUCCGAAAACAGGCGCGGGCGCUGUCAGGAGGCCCCGGACCCCGUGCAGACGUGCAUUCGUCGGGUUAGCUUCAUGUGGUGCGCGGACAGCCUGCUCUACCAUUGCAUGUCGGACCCCGAGGGCGACUAUUCGGACCCCUGUUCCUGCGACGCCAGCGAAGAGCGCUUCUGCCUGCGCUGGCUAGCACUCCUGGGACUGUCGCUGCUAGCGCCCUGCAUGUGCUGUUACGCGCCGUUGCGAGCGUGUUACCACUGCGGCGUCGCGUGCCACUGCUGCGGCGGCAAGCACAAAGCCGCGGGUUGAAACAUGCUAGCACACCAGCAGCUGGGGGAAACUACAGCGAGAAAUGCUAAUGAAAAGUGGAAGAAUGAACUUGUGGCUGCAUUUAAGUUUUUCCCCUCCCAUUUUUACGUUUUGUUUUCUCAAUUUAAUUGUACUGGACAGCUGUGUCCUGGUUUGUAUUUUUCUUUGUUUUUAAAAGAGUAACCCUCAGCUUCCAUUUAAAAGACUACACGAUAAAUAUUCAUUUAUAUAUGAAAAGUAUAUAUAAAUAUAUGUAGAUAUAAAUAUAUAAAUCCAGGUACUUUAUAUUUUUUAUGCUCAUCUGCUUCGAAGGUUUGAAUUAUCUGCCUUCCGUCUCGUCUGUGUUUUAACAUGAUUUGAUUUGACUGUCCCGCGUCAGCCUUUCGUUCUAGUGUCUUCAGUCAGAGGCUUCUCUUCUACUGUGAUCCACUCCGUCUAGAUAAGGCAAACCCAGAGGAAUCCAAAAUACCUGACCUGUAGGACGGUAGAUCUUGUGUACGUGUGCUUGUGUGUGUGAGGUCAGAAUGGACGUGGGAAAUGACAUUUGCCAAAUUGCCAAUAUUAAUUUGCAGUGCGCAAACUGAUGUGUGUGGGUGAAUCUCAUGAAAACAUGUACAGGUCAUAUUUUACCCCAAAAUCCAAAGAAAACAUGCUUUAUUUGGACCUUUUAGAAUUACUUUCAUGAAAAUUAAGCAUUUUCCCCAAAUAAAGUGUCAUUACCGUAAUGCACACACAAAAAAAAAAUCAUUCUCAUUACGGUAAUAUAUAUAUAUUUUUUU